AUGGUUAUCACAUCUGAAAUCAUCCUAACUAUUCUAAAUUUUUCCCGCCGUACUCAGGCUCAGCAAUUGCUUUCGCGAUUGGGCGUUCGCUCAAUUCCUAACCUCACAGAUUAUGAGGUCGGUAUUGCUGUAAAUCUGGUCGAUACACGCGUCCUGACCACGGACUGGGACUCUAUCGGUGGUCUAGAUCCCAUCAUAGAGGAGAUACAGGAAUCUGUGAUUCAACCAUUUCAACAAGUCAAACUUCUUCCUUAUCCGUCACGCCUACUCAAACCCCCCAAGGGCGUCCUUCUGUUUGGGCCACCGGGUUGCGGAAAGACAAUGCUGGCUCGAGCCAUGGCUCGUGCUGCUAACGCGUACUUCAUUAAUUUACAGACCGAGUCAACGCCCAAGUGUUUUGCCAAGCCUGCACCGAAAGUGACAGCCUGUGGACCUCGAUCCACGUCUUAUCCGCUCUAA